UGGCGGGCGAGCCGGUGAAUGAUUGGCUGCAUAAGGCGUUGGUUCCCCACCAGUGAAGGUUAUUGGUCACGUGUUCACCCACCUCUAUAUCUCUUCCUCUUCCUCUUCUUCCCUUCUUCUUCUUCAUCCCCUUCUUCCUCCACCAUCUCUUCUUCUUCCUCAUCCUCUUUUGCCAUUUCUUCUAUCACUGAAUCAUUUGCAAAAGGAUACCUGCCGGCCCACAUGCCCCUAGCUCCAGUAGUUCCAAAGACCCCAGGGCAGCCAUAUGCCUUUGAGCGGCCUGAGUGCUUGGGUUGGUACCUGAUACCGUUAUUCAAGCUCUACAUCUCAUACGCGCCAGACUCCUUUCCCUGUGACUGGCUGGAGAAAACAGAGGACAUCAAGGUGAAAUGCAUAGACAGCACAGGCAACAAAGUAGACUUUCCGACUCCUCCAGAGCUUUUAAAGGCCAUCAGGAAGUGUGAGAGGGUCAACCAUCCUGAAAAGGGACUCUUCUCCGGUUUACCCAGCAACUGGGGCUUUUCUGGAUUUAUGCAGACGGGAGCCUAUCAAGUUCUUGAUGAGUAUCCAUUCAUCGAACAUGGGGAGUUCUGUGGCCCAAUGUUUAACAAAGUACACCGCAUGGUGUAUCACUCAUACCCUUGUAUAAAGGGAGUACAGCUUUUCUAUCUUGAGCAAAACCAUUGGAGUUGCAUAAUGAGAGAUCAUUCAAGCGCGUACGAAGUGAGCCAGGUCGAGAAUGACCCCAAGAGUUAUUUUCUUCGAUCCGAAUUACUGGCAGCGAUUUCAGUAUUCUACCGUCAAUUGCAUGAUAUGAUAUGGAAUCCUCGAGUAGAGAAAUACAAACCCAUCUUACGGUACAAAGAGGGAUUUUUGACCGCUACAGUUGUGACGUUCAUCCAUCGACAGGUCCGAGUAGUUCAAGCAAGCAUAAAACCAUCAGAAACAUAUCCAACGAUUACUUUUACACUACGCGCCAUCUACGAUCUCAACGCGGAAAAAUAUGAUCAAGAAGUCGCUUAUACUGUUUUGCAGUGGAUCCUGAGCCCUCCCAAGCCUGCAGAAGUGGAUUAAGAACUAGGUUGGUUUCGCGGUUGGGAGUAUUUGUGUUUGGUGAUGCUAUCUGUAUCUGAAUUUGCUGUCUGUCUCUUGAAUAUUAUGACCUUGGAAGGUGUAAAAGCAUGCUCUUUGUUUUGGACUAGUUGAAAAAUGGAAUUCUCUCCUACUACUACUACUACUACUGGGAAGGACCACAUUGAUGCUGUGCAAAGUCGGCACCAAUAAUGUUACCCCUGUACUUUUAAUCAUUUGUCUCUCUUGAAGACUCGACUUGGAGUUCUGCAGAGAAAGCCGUUCUUUCCUUUCCUUCCUUUCUUUUUUGCCCUUUCUCUCUUCCUAGUAUGGAGUACUCCGUACACGCGAGUGAAAGGUAGAAUUUAUGUACUGAUCGACGAGGCUCGUAAAAUCCUUGCACGUACAAUGAGGUCACCAAUGCGGGCCGAUGCAGCUCCUACCGCCAGUGGUUAAACAUCUUCCAGAUGGGUAAGACCGCCAUAUAAGGAGAUUUUUCUUUUUCUCCCAUUUCUCAUUUUUACUUUUUCCUCCCUUUCAUCUCGGCUAAGAGUUCAGAGAAAAUAAUGACGAGAAGAGAAGGUCGAGAGAAGACCAGGGUAGUCCAAGGUAGGGCAACCUGUCAGAGUAUCGAGAGCAAAAUCAACCAGUCAGAAAAGGUGAACCUUAAACAGUCACCAGGGAUGGUGGCUUUAAGCUGCUACCUUCAGAUGUUGCCCGGCUUGUAUUGUUGCCUGUCCGCUUCUUUAUUGUGCUGCUGUUGUUCCAAUUUUGCUGAUCAGUACCAGUCGACAGGCAGGCUUGCCUUGGAAAGAGUAAUACAUCUUGCGUGAGUGCCGGCGAGUUGGGUUGGUCAAUUGGAGCCAGCACAAAGCAGCGCUAAAGGAGAACUGUCACUAAUGCAAGGUUAACGCAGGCAGCCCUAUCCACGUCGUGCCCAACGAUAUCCUGGCUCCAACCCG